AUGGAAUUUACAGUACGCCUUGUCACUAAACGUGUGCAAGUGCACGUAAAAAAUUUGAAUGUAACCGUUAUACGUCUCUACAUGGGCACAAAAGAAAUUCCCAUUCACGAGGUUGGUCGUGCGGAAAGAGUUCCUAAGUACAACGCUAACGAGCUUAAGAUUUCUAACAACUUCCCUCAACUUCUGGACAUCUACUCGUCAUGUGAUCUCCUGCCGAACCGCAAUUACACUCUCGCCUUGGAAUAUCAAACAAACAUAAACAACCCGAAGUAUGCCGGGAUAUUCACUGCACCGUAUAAGCAUGGAUCAGAGAAUAGGUUCAAGACCGCCACACAUCUGCAGCCUCAAGAAGCACGAAGCCUGUUCCCCUGCAUCGACAGUCCAGAAGCAAAGGCAAUGUUCCAAGCCGUCAUAGUCCACCCAGUGGGAACCUAUGCCUUGUUCAAUAUGAAGGAAGCAAAUAUCACGACUGAGGGGUAG